GCACUUUGCUCUUCGAUUGCGCUUAGAUGUUUGCUCACCGCGCGCGAGCUGCAAAUCAAGCCUCGCGUUCAGACGGAACGGCCCUGAACACGAAAACGAUGGCGCUGAUGAACAUUCCCGAGUGGCUGCUCCUGGUUGUGACUGCCUGCGUUUUGUUUUACCUGUAUGCAUCAAGAAGCAAAAACUACUGGAAAAAUCAAAAUGUGGUUCACGAAAAGUUCUCCUGUUUGUUUGGACCAGCCACCAGCCUUCUGUACAAGCCUGUGCACACUUUGGAUCAAGAACGCUACCUGAAGAUGGGAAGGAUAUUUGGGUAUUUCGAGGGAGGCAGGCCCGCAUUGUCGGUUGGUGAGCCUAAUAUGGUGAAGCUUGUGCUCGUGAAGGAUUUUCCAAUCCUCUGUAACAGACGGAUAAUAGAUUUUUUCGAACCAAUGUUGGACAACAUGAUGACCACAGCGCCUGUAGACGUUUGGAGGAAAAUCAGGCCCUCGUCAAGUCCUGCAUUCACAGUGGGAAAGCUGCGCAGGAUGAACGACAUGAUUCAGGACUGUGCGAAAAUAACGUCGGAGCACCUUAUGAAAGCCGCUGAAGAGGGAAAAGAUGUGGAUCUCAAGCGGUUUUACGGCCAUUAUACACUGGACGUCAUAGCGAAGUGCGCUUUCGGCACCGAACUUGACUCGUACAAAGAUGCAAGCAACGAAUUUGUGACAAAAUCCUCGAAGGCGUUCUCUGGCGGGAUGAGACUGCCUGUCGUGUUGUUCAUUUUAUGCCCGGUACUAUUGAAAGUCUUUAAGGUUAAACUUCUCGACCCUGAGCCAUUUCGAUACUUCAAAGAGGUCUGUGUGGCAAUUAUUCAAGAGAGAAGGCGGAGACAGCACCGUCAUGAAGACUUCUUGCAACUCAUGAUGGAUGCCCAGGAAGGAACUCUUGGCGAUGGUGUUGAAACUGCGCCCGGAAAGGAAAACACAAAAAUAUUCGACAUUGACUCUGAAGUAAAGAGCAACGUGAAGUUUGUCACGAAGGCCUUGACAGAAGACGAAGCCCUGGCGCAAUGCGUGCUGUUCUUCGUCGCCGCCCACGAUGCCACCUCAUCCGUCCUCGCAUUCGCCGCCCAUCUUCUCGCUCUUAAUCCCGAUGCGCAAGACAAGCUCCGCAGAGAGGCGGAUGAAUGCUUCGCCACACAUGGGACUAAUCCAAGUCUUGACGUCAUCUCUAAGCUGCCAUACCUGCACUGUGUCGUAUCGGAGACUAUGAGGCUGUAUCCACCGGCUCCGAGACUUGACAGGACCACGUGCCAGGAGUAUGUCCUGGGUGACACUGGGAUCAGGGUGCCCAAAGGCAGCAUUGUUACGAUCCCUAUCUACUCUAUGCAUCGUGACCCGGAGUUCUUUCCUGAUCCUGAAAAAUUCAUUCCUGAGAGAUUCAAUGAAGCAAAUGCUGGUUCCAUACGACCGUACACUUACCUGCCUUUCGGAGCAGGGCCUCGCAACUGCAUCGGUAUGCGAAUGGGCCUACAGAUCGCCAAGUUGUGCCUGCUUCACUCGGUGCACACCGUGCGGUUUGUACCCGCGAGAAAAGCAAAGGCACCUCUCGAGUUUGUUAAAGGCGUUAGACUCAUGAAACCGAAAGAAGUCACCGUUGGAAUAACUAAAAGAUGCGGAUUUCGUGCGCCCGACGGAGUCCUUGAGGGCAUGGCGCUAUUCCUCGGCGUGCCGGACUGGGUCAUUAUCGUGGCGACUGUCUUCGCGCUACUUUACUUAUACUUAACAGCACACCGUAACUACUGGGAAAAACAAAAUGUACCACAUGAGAAGUUGUCGCUGAUCAUCCGUCCUCUGUACAGAAUACUGACAAAGCCGAUAUGCUUGGCGGACCACGAGAGGUGCCGGAAAUAUGGGAGACUGUUCGGGUUCUUCGAAGGAACCAAGCCAGCCCUGAUGGUUGCGGAACCGGAACUGGUGAAGCAAGUACUCGUCAAGGAUUUCAGUUUGUUACCCAACAGACUGGAAAUGAAUUUUGGAGACCCUAUAAUCAACAAUAUGAUGGUCUUUGCCCGCGUGGAUCGCUGGAGAAAAAUACGACCGGCGUCUAGUCCAGCGUUUACCACUGGUAAACUGCGCAAGAUGCACGAGCUAAUCCAAGACUGCGUGAAGAUCACCUGCGACCACCUGAACGCCGCCGCAGAAGAGGAGAGGGACGCCGACAUGAAAAAAUUCUACGGGCAUUACGCAGUGGACGUUAUCGCUCGGUGUGCCUUCGGGACCAAGCUCGAUUCGCAAGCUGACACGACUCAUCAGUUUGUGCAGGCGUCUCAAAAAGCCUUUACAAUGUAUUUCACUCCGACACAGCUGCUUUCAAUGCUGCUCCCAGGUCUGCUGAAGGCUCUCAAGAUUACUGUGAAGACUGGUGUGCGCUACACUUACUUCAGGGAGUUGUUCCAGCGAAUAAUGAAUGAAAGAAAGGAAAAGAACCAGCGCAUAGAAGACUUUCUGCAACUCAUGAUAGAAGCCAAAGAAGGUCGCUUCACAACAGCAGCAGCAAGUACAACCGACGCAGAGAGCAAGCUGUUUGAUAUGGGAUCGGAAACGAUGUCAGGAGCGAAGUCGUUGUCGAACGCUCUUACCGAAGAUGAAGCCUUGGCGCAAUGCCUGGUCUUUUUCCUUGCCGGACAAGACACAACCUCAUCAACUCUGGCCGGUGCUGUAUACUACCUGGCGCUGAAUCCUGAGGUGCAGGAAAGGCUCAGAAAAGAAGCCGACGAAUGUUUCGAGACCCAUGGUCCCCAACCAAGCAUUGACGUCAUUUCCAAGUUGAAGUACCUGCAAUCUGUCGUGUCAGAAACACUGCGGAUGCUCCCCGCCGUUCCAAGAACUCAGCGGUGCGCUGCCCAGGACUACGUCUUAGGCGACACAGGGAUCAAGGUUCCCAAAGGGUCUCCCGUGGUCGUGCCAAUUUAUGCCAUGCACCACGACCAGGAAGUGUUUCCAGAACCCGAAAAGUUCCGCCCAGAUAGGUUUAACGAUGACAACGUAGAAUCUAUCCGGCCUUACACAUACCUUCCUUUUGGGGCCGGACCGAGGAACUGCAUAGGCAUGCGCUUGGCUCUGCAAUCAAUUAAGCUUUGCCUCCUACAUUCCGUGCACAAAGUUCGCUUUGUGCCCACGGAAAAGACGAAGGUUCCUCUGCAGAUCAAACAAAGCCUUGGCACUCUGAGGAUCGAUGGCACUGUUGUAGGGAUACGAAAGAGAUCGGACAUUUGAACCUGACGCAGGACAUUUCGCCCUAUACGAUGGGCACCUUCGUUGAACAUCAGUAUGCUGUCAGGAAGAAAGUUCGCCAGCAACCUUUAGUAUACAAUUCUGUUCGCGAAGCGCCACCUGUUGUUUUGCGAAAUGUGCGUAAAUACACAGUGCCCUUGGUAAUUAA